CAGACGACACCGUAACAGAGGAGCACCAAACGGGACGCGCCGCUCGGUCUUCCUCUCGCGAUCUGUGGGUGAUGGCGGAGGGGAGCGGCAGCGGUAGCAGCAGAAGCAAUAGCAGGGCGCGGGCGCUGCUGCUGGGGCGGUAUGAGGUGGGGCGGCUGCUGGGGCACGGCACGUUCGCGAAGGUAUACCACGCGCGCCACGCGGGGACGGGCGAGAGCGUGGCCAUCAAGGUGCUCGACAAGGAGAAGAUCAUGCAGAGUGGCCUCGUCGCCCAAACCAAGCGCGAGAUCGCGAUCCUCCGCCGCGUUCGCCACCCCAACAUCGUCCACCUCCACGAGGUCAUGGCCACCAAGUCCAAGAUCUACUUCGUGAUGGAGCUGGUUCGGGGUGGCGAGUUGUUCGCCCGCGUCGCCAAGGGCCGACUCCCCGAGCCCGCCGCCCGCCGCUACUUCCAGCAGCUCGUCUCCGCCGUCGCUUUCUGUCACGCCCGCGGCGUCUUCCACCGGGACCUCAAGCCCGAGAACCUCCUCCUCGACGACCGCGGCAACCUCAAGGUCUCUGACUUCGGCCUGUCCGCCGUGUCCGACCAGAUCCGCCAGGACGGCCUCUUCCACACCUUCUGCGGCACCCCGGCCUACGUGGCCCCGGAGGUGCUCGCUCGCAAGGGCUACGACGCCGCCAAGGCCGACAUCUGGUCCUCCGGCGUCAUCCUCUUCGUCCUAAUGGCCGGCUACCUCCCCUUCCACGACCACAACCUCAUGGCCAUGUACCGCAAGAUCCACAAGGGCGAGUUUCGAUGCCCCAGAUGGUUCUCCGCCGACCUCGUCCACCUCCUGUCCCGCCUCCUCGACGGCAAUCCCGCCACCCGGAUCACCAUCCCCGAGAUCAUGGACAACCGCUGGUUCAAGAAGGGCUUCCGCCAGGUCAAGUUCUACAUCGAAGACGACAAAUUCCACCGCUUCGACGACAUCGACACGCCACCGGCACCCCUUCCGCCCCCGGACGAGCACUCCGAAUCGGAGUCCGAAUCAGAGACGAACUCGAAGCCCAAUUGCUCCACCUCCAAUUCCUCCUCCAUAAGCGGCGGUCCGCGACGGGGGCUGGGGCUGCCUCGGCCCGCGAGCCUGAACGCGUUCGACAUCAUCUCCUUCUCCCCGGGGUUCAACCUCUCGGGGCUGUUCGAAGAGAGUGGGGAGGAGGCAAGGUUCGUAUCCGGGGAGCCCGUCUCCAAGAUCCUCUCGAAAUUAGAGGAGAUCGCCAAGGUGGUCAGCUUCACGGUGAGGAAGAAGGACUGCCAGGUGAGCCUGGAAGGCACCAAGGAAAGCGAGAAGGGCCCGUUGGCGAUCGCGGCGGAGAUAUUCGAGCUCACGCCGUCGUUGGUGGUGGUGGAGGUGAAGAAGAAGGCCGGGGACCAGGGUGAGUACGAGGAGUUCUGCAACAGGGAGCUCAAACCCGGACUGCAGAAUCUAAUGUACGACGAGCUGUCUGCCGGAGCCGCCAACAUCGCGUCCGAUACCGAGUAGAGCACCACACAUCUUGAGUACCUCAUGCAACCUCGAACAUGCUCUCUCUUCUUCUUCUUCUUCUUCUUCUUCUUCUUCAUAACUCCAUAUGCUUUUUGCUGUGUUCUGUAAUAUAUAUAACUAUUGUUGGUGAGCACUCUUAUGUAAAUUGGUGAUUGACAUUACUUCGUUAAGAAGAUGAACACGAGCUGUUCUCUUCUCAUGACA